GGUUAUCAAAAAACAAUACAUACUUAUUCAACUUGUAAGUUAUCCGCCGGCCCGUUCAACUUACGAGUUAUUCGCCGGCCCGCUGGAUCCAGAAGCAUUGGAAAUCUGCUCUCUCGAUCCAGAUGUGGUUGUACGGUACCUGAAGUAUGAGUAGGCCUUUUGUAAAGGCUAUUUCCGAGAUCUGAUGGGAACGAGGCGAUUCAUCAGAGGUCAGAACAUCCUGAACAGAGUUCUGGAUAGCUUCGUGCCAACAACUGAAUUAUUCAGAUGUGUAUAAAUAUGGGUUCCGCAGCCUGGAAUAUGGAAGGUAGAAAUCAUUCGACUAGAUUCCCCUCUUGGACAAGCUCCUUCAUGUUGAAGAUGACAGUCACUUGACUGCAUUCGCUUUAUCCACUCGCUACCAUCGCCCAGUAGCUGCACAGUCAACAUGACGUUUUCUGUUUUCGCAAGUGCAAUACUCUUCUUGACCUGGGGUGCACUAGCAGCCCCAACCCAACCCCAGCUCUCUCGCCGGGGCAUCGCCAUACCACCAGGCUACUCCCACAUUUUCUUCCAAGACGACUUCUCCCCCUCCUUCCUUGCGGGCUUCCACCCCUCGCCCUUCCAAUGCGCCAUCGCCACAGGAAUUUCCUGGAAAGGCGAGAAGUUGAGGUAUUUGGUGGAUGGAAGGCCGAUGGUGGUGUUGACUGGAGCGCAGAUUGGGGAUGAGAAGGCUUGGACAGCGGUUACGAGGAUGCCGAAUCAUUUUGAUUUUGAAUGUGGCAGUGGGAGGGAAUUUUGCGAAUAAUUUUGCGAAGAAUUUAGAGGGGGAGCAGACGACGAAUGACAAGAUGGUGGACGGGAUUGGGGCUGGGCAAGUGGUUGAGUAGGUGGCUGCUGAUAGUAUCUAGAGGUGAUGGAGGUGGUGAUGAUCAGCAUUGCUGAGUGUACAACCUACAUGUCGUUAUGUAGGUGAUAUCUGAUAUUGCUGAUCGGAUUUCAUGUUUUGGGCAUCCUCGACCUCCAAUAUCGUGCCGGUGAUCGGGAAUGCGUCGCUAGAAGUAAGAUAGAGGCGGAAGGGAAACGCGCGUUGCUUUUGAGAAAAGCGCGAAC